AUGGCCGGGCUCAGCAGACUGUUCGGUGCAGUAUCUUCUCUCAUCUCAACGACAAAGGAAUGUCCCAUUGCCCGGAAAUCGACCAUACUUCGAGCGUCUCAAUCACCAGGUGCUUCCUCCUCCCCUGCCUCAUCGAUCCGCACAAAUUCAACUCUAGUGACCCGGCCGACGCUCCAGCCGGCUCUCAAACAAGCAAGCAGGGGCACAAGAGGCCUACCCAAGAUUCCUAGCUCAAAGGCCUUAGGGAUGUUGAAUUCGGAAGAAAAUCACUACCUGGUAACGUUUCUUGUGGGCAAGAAGUACAAAUUAAUGGUCGAUGAUCAAGUCACCCUGCCUCACAUCAAGGAUCUCAAGGUGGGCGACUUAAUCAGACUGACGAGGAUCACCGAGGUGGGCUCGCGAAAUUUCACCAUCCGAGCCGCCGGUAACGGGACCGUCGGCCAUGCCAAGCGAGAGACCCUCUCUCCCGCAGCGUCGAAGACCUUGAACUCGAAGGCCAAGAAACUCGGCAUGGAUCCGUCUGAGCUCAGUCGGGAGUCCAGGACAGUCUGCUUCAAACCCGAAAUCCCACAUUAUCUUGACGAGAAUCUCGUCCAUGCUUCCGCUAUCGUUGUCGAACAUACUCGUGGGAAGAUGAGCACAGUGAUCAAAAAGAAGAGAAGGAAAGGAUACCGGAAAACGAUCAAGAAUAAACCUUACUAUACCAGGAUUCGUCUCUGUGAGAUCAAGAUCCCAACCAUCCAAACCGAAGCUAUUCACCCGGAGACCCUAUGCAUAUCAGCCGACGCUUCUCUUCAAAACCCUUGA